UUGAGGAAGUCGAAGUGGUUUAUAUGAAUUACAUAAUUCAUUUUAAAGCUUAGUUUCGCUCUCGGUUUGUCACUACACUAUAGUAAAUAUAUUUAUAUUAAACAGGAUGCACUACCUUUUAUAAGAAAUAUUUAAACAAAGUUCAUUAAAUGCAAUAGGAAGACAUUAAAGUUUACCACACCGCAACGGAAAUAACUCAGGAUGGCGACUGCAGUGACGCCGAAGUCGGUUGACGAGACCACCCAGAAUGAGCAGCACUACCUGCGCCUCCACCUUCUUGUUAUGAAGGCUGGCGACGUCCUUAGAGCCAAGUUCGACUCUAUCGUACACCCGAACAAUCUGCUCAAUGAACUGAGAAACUACAAACGCGCGAUCGAUAAAUUACAGAAAGAUGGUAUAAUUUCAAAGCACCAACACUGUCUGCUUAAUUCUAAUCCAGACUCAAAAAAGUUUGACGUUAGUCUGCUGAUUGUUCUGCUCAGACACAUCUGCAACUUGCAUCCAAAACAUCCUAUUUGGAAAGAAAGCGAUAACAACAAAAUAUUUAACAAUAUGCAUCCAGACAUUGCAAACAUCGUACGAAUAAGGAAUCUUCGAAACAAGAUGCAGCAUAAGUAUGUUGCUUAUCUUGACAAAAAAGAGUUCGAUGGUAACUGGAGUUUGCUUGAAAAUUCAAUGGUAAUAAUUGGCCAGUCAUGUGGGCUGAACAACGUGAAAGCUGACAUCGACGUCCUGGUGAAAAAGAAUCUCGGCCUGGUGCCGCCCGAAAUGAAAAGCCUCCGAGAGAAAACUAUUUGGUUCUUCAAUGAGGGUUGCGAUGAAGAGUUUAAUGAGGAAAACUACAAUGACGAAUAUGAUGAGGACGGAAAUCAUUGUAAUAGGCGGAUGGAUAUUGAUUGUAUUGACGAUAUGGAUUACUUCAAUGAGAACUGUGUUGAUGAUUAUUAUGAGGAAAACUACAAUGACGAAUAUGAUGAGGACGAAUAUCAUGAUGACAAUUGGAUGGAUAUUGAUGGUAUUGACGAUAUGGAUUACGUCAAUGAGAACUGUGUUGAUGAAUAUUAUGUCGAAAACUACAAUGACGAAUACGAUGAGGACGAAUAUCAUGAUGACAAUUGGAUGGAUAUUGAUUGUAUUGAAGAUAUGGAUUACUUCAAUGAGAACUGUGUUGAUGAGUAUUAUGAGGAAAACUACUAUGACAAAUACGAUGAGGACGAAUAUUAUUAUGACAAUGGGUUGGAUAUUGAUUGUAUUGAAGAUAUGGAUUACUUCAAUGAGAACUGUGUUGAUGAUUAUUAUGAGGAAAACUACUAUGACAAAUACGAUGAGGACGAAUAUUAUUAUAACAUUUGGACGGAGAGUGAUUGUAAUGAAUAUGAAUAUGGAUUUCACGACAGCUGUUGUAAUGAGAUUAGUAUGAAAUGCUACUUUGUUUUAACCGAUGAAGACGAAAUUCAUUCUAUCAAAUUUGAUGGUGAUGGUAAUAAUGAUACGGUUGGCUUCAACGAGAUCUGCGAUGAUAAGGUUUAUGUUGAAAACUGCCAUGCCGGCCCAAAUUUCGAUCCAAUUUACAAUCACGAAACGUAUACAUAUUUCACAAACAUUGGACGUAAAAUGGACAGGGCACUUUGCGUUUUUAGAAAUUUUAUUUCCGUGUUCUAUUUUAGAACAAAUUUUCUGUGGACACGUAUACCUUGCACCGAUUUGAGACCAUUUAUCAAUGGAAGGUGUAUACGUAACAUCGUUUAUAAUGGACUGGCUUAUGUGUGUGCUAUGUAGAAUGACCCAACUGGAACAAUAAACUGAUAGUUAGGAAACCAGCUUAGUCUGAUUUCAUACACUUGUUUACAAAGAAGCUUCAGAAUACAGUUUAAAAGCAAUGAAAGCCAGACACAUGUAUUAAUGAUUUAGUAGACUUUCAAUGUAACACAAUGUUUAGGGUUAUGUUGUUAUUAGAAACUCUCUUGUUUUUAGUUACUCUUAAAUUAUUUGCUUAAGAAAUGUUUAUACAAACGAGUACCCAAAGUGUUUUUAGCAAAGAA